AUGGUUGAAUGGACGGACUUCGAGAGGGCCACCAUCCAGGACAUCUUCGCCAAGAUGGACUACGACACCGUGGGCCCUGCGGCUCUCUGCAGGUGUCUGAUCGUCUACCCCUGGACCCGGAGGUACUUCGGUAAGGUCGGGAACAUCUACAACGCCCCCGCCAUCUUGUCGAACCCGAUGGUGGCGGCGCACGGCAGGGUGGUGCUGCACGGCCUGGACCGCGCCCUGAAGAACAUGGACAACAUCAAAGAUACGUACGCCGAGCUCAGCAGGCUGCACUCCGAGAAGCUGCACGUGGACCCCGACAACUUCAGACUGCUGGCGGACUGUCUGACUAUCGUGGUCGCGGCGAGGAUGGGCGCCGCCUUCACCGGAGACGUGCAGGCGGCCUUCCAGAAGUUUCUGGCCGUGGUGGUCUCCUCUCUGGGCAUGCAGUACCACUGA